AUGGCAGCUGAGUUAGCAAUUAUAACAAACGAAGAUGAGCAUUAUAAUGGCAAGAUCACCCUGCUUGUGGUGACAUCUUGUAUGGUUGCUGCCACGGGAGGCAUUAUUUAUGGCUAUGAUAUUGGGAUUUCAGGUGGAGUAACUUCAAUGGAACCAUUUCUCAAGAAAUUCUUCCCAGAAGUGUACACUAAAAUGAAAGAAGAUACCAAAACCAGCAACUACUGCAAAUUUGAUAGCCAACUUUUGACAACAUUUACAUCCUCACUCUAUAUAGCUGGCCUUGUAGCUUCCUUCUUUGCCUCUUCAGUCACCAGAGCAUUCGGCCGAAAGCCUUCAAUCCUUGUAGCUGGUGCCUUAUUCCUUUUUGGUUUGGCCCUAGGCGGUGCCGCUACUAAUAUCGUCAUGCUAAUAUUUGGUCGCAUCUUGCUUGGUGUUGGGGUUGGCUUUGCAAACCAGUCAGUCCCACUUUAUCUCUCAGAAAUGGCACUACCUAGACACAGAGGAGCUUUCAACAUUGGCUUCCAAUUAUGUGUUGGCAUUGGAGUAUUAUCAGCUAACCUCAUCAACUUUGGCACCGAAAAGAUCACGGGCGGCUCUGGCUGGCGAAUCUCCCUAUCCUUGGCAGCAGUCCCAGCUUCAAUACUAACUUUAGGUGCUCUUUUCCUGCCAGAAACACCCAACAGCUUUAUCCAAAGCACCAACGACCACCAAAUAGCCAAGUCAAUGCUACAACGAACACGAGGAUGCGAAGAUGUCCAAGCAGAACUGGAUGAUCUCAUCAAAGCAAGUGACAAUUCAAAAACCAUCAAAUACCCUUUUAAGAAAUUGAUGCAAAGAAAAUAUAGGCCUCAACUUGUUAUGGCAAUUGCCAUGCCAUUCUUUACACAAGUGACUGGGAUCAAUGUCUUCUCAUUUUAUGCCCCGAUACUUUUUAGAACACUUGGUUUAAGUGAAAGCAUGUCACUCUUGUCAGCUGUGAUGAGCACGGGCGCUGCGGGUACCAGCGCGACGUUUAUAUCAAUGCUUAUGGUGGACAAAUUAGGCAGAAGAGCUCUGUUUGCAAUAGGGGGAAUUCAAAUGUUUGUGUCACAAGUUAUAGUAGGGAGCAUAAUGGCAGCUGAGCUAGGUGACAUUGGUGGAAUGAACAAAGGGUAUGCAUAUUUGGUGCUGAUCUUUGUGUGUGUGUAUGUAGCUGCGUUUGCUUGGUCAUGGGGCCCACUAGGGUGGCUGAUCCCAAGUGAGAUUUUCCCAUUGGAGAUAAGAUCAGCUGGGCAAAGUGUUACAGUGGCAGUAAACUUUGUGUCGACUUUUGUUAUUGCUCAAUCAUUUCUGUCCAUGCUUUGUCACUUCAAGUCUGGUAUUUUCUUCUUUUUUGGAGGUUGGGUUAUGGUGAUGACUGGUUUUGUGUACCUCUUGUUGCCUGAGACUGCAAAUAUUCCUAUUGAGAAGAUGGAUAGGGUGUGGAGAGAGCAUUGGUUUUGGAACAGAUACGUGGGACAAGUGAGGGAGGAUAGUAAUUAAUUAAGCUGUAAUUAAUGAUGUGGUAAAUUUAUUGUUAACCCAUCUAACCAAAAAGGUUAGAGGUUAAUUGGAUUGUACCACUUUAGGGUUAUUGGCAUGAUGUA